GCUGCGUGGGGGAGACUGUUCCAAGAUGGCGGCGGGUUGCUGUGGGGUGAAGAAGCAGAAACUGUCCAGUUCGCCCCCCUCUGGCUCGGGUGGCGGUGGUGGCGCCUCCUCCUCCUCCCACUGCAGCGGAGAGAGCCAGUGUCGAGCUGGGGAGCUGGGACUAGGAGGCGCCGGUACGCGGCUCAACGGGCUGGGCGGUCUAACCGGAGGAGGUAGCGGCAGCGGCUGUACCCUCUCUCCCCCCCAGAGCUGCGGCGGCGGAGGGGGGAUAUCCCUGUCGCCACCUCUCAGCUGUGGAGUAGGGACCCUACUUUCUACCCCGGCCGCCGCCACCGCUUCUUCGCCCUCCUCAUCGUCCGCCGCCUCGUCCUCAUCGCCGGGCUCCCGGAAGAUGGUGGUGUCAGCGGAGAUGUGCUGCUUUUGCUUCGAUGUGCUCUACUGUCACCUGUAUGGAUACCAGCAGCCCCGGACCCCCCGGUUCACCAACGAGCCCUACCCACUGUUUGUAACAUGGAAGAUUGGUCGAGACAAAAGAUUGCGUGGAUGCAUAGGUACUUUUUCUGCCAUGAAUUUGCAUUCAGGACUCAGGGAGUACACACUUACCAGUGCCCUUAAAGAUAGCCGUUUUCCCCCAAUGACAAGAGAUGAGCUGCCACGGCUUUUUUGCUCAGUGUCUCUGCUCACUAACUUUGAAGAUGUCUGUGAUUAUUUGGACUGGGAGGUGGGUGUACAUGGCAUUAGAAUAGAAUUCAUCAAUGAAAAAGGAUCAAAACGCACCGCCACCUACCUACCGGAGGUUGCAAAGGAGCAAGGAUGGGACCAUAUUCAGACCAUAGACUCCUUACUGAGGAAAGGAGGAUACAAAGCUCCGAUUACUAAUGAAUUCAGGAAAACCAUAAAACUGACCAGGUACCGUAGUGAAAAGAUGACCUUGAGUUAUGCUGAAUACCUUGCUCAUCGCCAGCAUCAUCACUUCCAAAAUGGCAUUGGGCAUCCCCUUCCACCAUACAACCAUUAUUCCUGACACUGAGCCGCACAACCAGUCACUGGGCCUCUCUGCAGACCUCUUCCCAGGAGACCCUACACCUUCUUGGUCUAGCUAUCUCUUUUACUGUACCAUUUUAUGAUGAUAGUUUCCGUUGCCAUGGUGAAGCUUCGACAUCGUCAAUUAAGAUCAUCAUGGUAACGGGUAGGAAAGUGGCAUUUGUUAAGAAGAUCCUGUUUUAUUAUUUUAGAUCUUUGAUUUUUUUGCAGCAUAUAUAAAUUUUUGGGUUUUCUUUUCUUACAAUAUGAGAUAGAAUUUUGCUUUGCUUUCUUAGUCAGGUUUCUGUUCUUCCUGUGUUCCUUUCUGCCUCUUCUUCUUUUCUUUCCUUCCUUUGUUCCUCUCUGCCUUCAACUGUGGAUGGAAGAAAUUGUGCAGUUUUUGAGGGUUUUAUUUAGACUUGUCUUUAAUUUUUCUCAGUAAGAUAGUUAUUUCUGAUAGCUGAGUUUGGGAGUAAUUCAUGUCAAAUUCAGGUAUUCAUAUAUUACCGUUGGAUUUGCCUAAAUUUCACUUUGCUAUGAGAGCUUAGUAUUUGAGUCUUCACUAGAAUAUGUUUUUCCCAUGGUUAAAAUAGAUGAACUUUCGUUCUAAUAGUGAACAUUCAAGGGUCCAUGAUAGGGCUUGUCACAAAGACAAACCAUUUAUGCCUACUUUGCUGGUUAUUGUAGUUAGGAGAGACUGCCUCAUCACUUUUUACAGAACCAAUUUACAAACUAAAACACUGUUUUAAGAAAGUACAAACUAUCUUUCAAAUAGGCUACAGAAAUCAUUUUGAAGAGCAGCAAAUAUUAGGAAGAGAACAGAUGCAGAAUUUAGUGCCUUUGAGAAGACUAUAAUUAAGUGGAAUCAAGAGGGGUUAGAAAAAAGGCAAUUUAGAGAAAUAUUCUUGUAAAAUUUUAUUGUUUCUAUAUGUGAAACAACAGAUUAGACAAAUUCCUUACUCUGGAGUAUUUUUUUAGCUGAAAAAAAUUUAUUUUGAGCAAAUAACCAAAAAGACAUUUGUCUAUUUUGUAUUAAUUUAAAUUUGUUAGUUUUAGGUUUCAGUAAGUCAUGAUUGGCUAGAGACAAUUUAACUACCAUCUAAAGAUAUGGUAAAGAUAAUCUAGUGAAAGAAAAGUUCAUACAUGCCAUUUUACAUAUGGUUUGUCUGUCAUGGAGACAAUACUGAAGAUACUAGAAAAUAGCUUGAAUCUCUUUCUGCACUACAUACUUUUGAUAGAAACACGUUUAUUAUGUUGCUAAGAUGCUAUGUUAUACCUAUAAAGAUGGAGUUGGCAUUCAGAUAGGCUUCAAUUAGAGUCUGGCUCAUUUGCAGGGCCAGUCUUCCUGAUUCGUACAAAGAGAACUUACUGAUGUCGAUAGGAGGUACAUACAUAGAUUCCCCAGGAAAAAUCACACAUGAUUCUGGAGAAAGAUGACCUUCAUUUGAUGGUAGUAUAUAUAGAUAUAUAUAAGUAUAUAUAUUUGGGAAAAUAUAUAAUUUUUUCAAACAGGAAAUCAAUAUAUCAAGUGAUGAAUAAAAGUAUGCUGCAGAAUAUAUAUUCUAGAACUAUGAGAAAUGUCACUGAAUAUCAAAAAGGAUAUACCUUAUACAUGUACUUGCUUGUGACAAGUAAUGGACUGCUAGUUCAGAAUUCUAAAAUUCUUUUCUAAUUUGUGAAAAGUGCGUAAUUGGCUUAACUCCUUCUGCUUGCCACUAAGGCAAAGCACAUUGCUUUAGUUUUUGAUGAGAGAUCUUAGAAAUUUGUUGGUAUUCCUUCAUCCACAACAUCCAUUGUUGAAAUAACCAUUUUCAGUUGUGAUGCCUUAAACUAAGAAGCCAAUUGUUAGCCUGAAAUGCAAUCUUGGUAGCCUGUUCCCUUGAACUCCUAGAGAUUAGUCAGAAAAAGUUAGCUGUUGGGCUUUAUAAAGAGAUUUGCAAUCCUGUUAUUUCUACUUGGAAGCAUUUUGGAGUAGAUUAGUCUUUCAUUAUAAAAACAAAUGGCUACCUGAUGGAAACUUUUUCUUACCCUUAUGGGGAAACUGAGCACAAUGCUGAAUGAUAUUGUCUGCUGCAAAAAAAAAAAAAAAAAAAAAAAAAAGGUAAAUGAAACAAACUGAAGAGAGACAGAAUAGACCAAUAUUGUUGUGAAAUCCAUCCUUAUCCAUCAUCUCAUCAGUUCAACAGGCUCCUCGUCCUGGGUGGAGCUUAUGGUUAGAAGUUUUUUUAAAGAAAAGAUCUAUUACAUACAUAUAUGUGUGUGUGUAUAUACAUAUACUUACACAUACAUGCAUACAUAUGUGUGUUUAUGUAUUUAACGGUGCUAAUCAAUCUUGAGCAGGUCACGUGACUGGUCAUGCGGACUCUAAAAUCAUAUCAGAUUUUUUAAAAUCCUUGAUAUAUGCAGAUGUUAUACAGAUUUUCUUACCAGUGUAAUAAUGUUAUACUGAAGAAAUAACCAUCCUGCAGGCUUCAAAGGACGAGGUCAGCAAUAUUUCCCACCAUGGCUUGGGGGAAAAGGAUAGUUUUGUCUCCUUUUGUAUUCAAGUUGAUGAACAGUGCAUUUUUGUCUCCUAAUUAGCUGUUGACUAAAAGAUUUUGUAGUAUAAAGGGUGUUAUACAAACUUUAAUGGUGUGCUUCAAAGAAACAAAUGCUAGACCCUUUCACCUUUGUCGUUAAUAUUACCAAGCUGUUAAAUAUGUGGUUUGAAUUAACUUUGAACAUGUUGAAAUAUGUAGCAUGUGUCUUUAACUCAGACGAAGAUUCUAAUUGCACAGGUUGUGUUCUAGCCGGUUGUGGUUUAUUUGUUCAGAAACACAAAUGUGAACUGCACUCUUAUUACCAGAAUAUUGUACAAGUUCAGUGAUCUUUAAACAGCUCUGAAGUAAUACUUGAACUUCAUUUGAGUAGCACAAAGUUUACAUAGCCCCUUUUCAAUGUUCAUUAGUUCUAUUUGAGUUUUCUGUUUUCAAACACAUGGGGGGUUCCUCUUGGAAAAAUAGUAUGUAUUUUACUUUGGUAUGUAGCAAAAGGCUUCCACUUCUGGAAGGGUUUUCUUGUUCUUAAACAGGGUCAGCCAGGUACCAGAUUCUAAAAGAACACUUGUCCCCCCACCCCUCAAGUGGCCUUCUGACUGCACAAGAACGUGCUACUACCCUCUCUAGUCUCCCCUACUGUGAGAGGUCGGUGAAGUUGAUGGAGGAAGUGCAAGGCUUGCUCUCUUUCCCACACCCCACUUAAAGCAGUUUUAAGAUUUUCGGUCCAGUGCAUACAGUCCCAAUGCCGGCACACCGGAAGUUUGUAUACUGGCCUCUUCUUGUCUUGUGCAGGAAAUUUGAAACUGUCAUCUGGAAUAGGUUCCAUCUCUUAUGUGUGUUAGAUCAAACCAAAGAAGCCCCCAGCCAUGCCCAAAUGCUGCUCCAAAAGCCUGCCUUCCAGUCCUUACAAAAACCUUGCAGGAUUAAAUGUGUUAACUUUUUUAUUUUUGUACAGUUUCUAAGUGAUUUUUGCUAGUGAUGUUAAACUGAAUUAAGUUUAUUUGAGGGGUGUGAACACCUUCUCCAUUUAAAUAAACUGGUGACUUUCCUUUUAUUUUUUAAAAGCAGAAACCCUUUGUGUGCCUCUCAAUUUAAGGGUUUCUGAUUACAUUAUUCUUAAGACCAGCAUUGAUUCUUUAUAUACAAAGAUAUGUUUUCCUUGUUUUUUUAUUACUGUUUCAGAAGAAAAUGAACUUUUUAUUUUGCUCUGGACCCAGUAACUGCGCUGGUACAUAGACGCACUGAGAAAAUAAACUUUUGUAACCACCUCUGACUGCUUUUGUAUAUCAAAGUUGAUUACUUUUGAAAUAUUUGGAUCUAGUUUCUAAGUUAUUUUAGUGUUUUAUAUGUUCCCCCAAAUUACUUUGAAUCGGUCACCAGCAUAAAGAGUUCUUGGUGAUGCAAUGGUGAGACUUGUAAUGAGCAAAAAGCUACCUGGAGUAGCUCUUCUUUUCCUUCUUUCUUAGUAACCUGUUUUUUGAUUACAGUAAGACAUCACAGAUUACCUGAAACCCCUUCCAGUAUAACUAGGUCCUCCUUCCUUCCACAUUUAAUUGCUUAAUAGUUUGAAGAAACUGUUGGAAAUGGGCAUUUUAUAUGAAAUGUAUGGCUUUAAAAUAUAAAAAAUGAGCAAAAGGAAAUAUAUGAGAAGGUUUACAUGGGUCUGUAAGGUAUGGCUGUGGAAAGAUAUUGUAGUAGUUUUGACACUAUUGUUAUUACCUUUAAAAUCAUUUACCCAAUAAAAUGUUAAAACCAA